UCUCUCUCUCUCUCUCUUUUUCACAACCAGUGACUGACGCCAUUAAUUCUUCUACUAUAACCUACCAUGGAUUCUUCCUCUUCUGCAGCUGACAACCAUUCCAAUUCAUCCAAAAUGGAUCCCCGGAGGCAACAGCCGGCACCGCCUCCACCGGCAACCGGAGGUCAGGCCGUGAAGAAGCCACCGGCGAAAGACCGACACAGUAAGGUUGACGGACGUGGCCGUCGUAUCCGUAUGCCGAUCAUAUGCGCAGCUAGGGUUUUCCAGCUUACACGAGAGCUAGGUCACAAAUCCGAUGGCCAGACUAUCGAAUGGCUUCUCCGUCAAGCCGAACCAUCUAUUAUCGCCGCCACGGGAACCGGAACUACUCCGGCGAGCUUCUCCGUCUCUGUUUCACUUCGUAGCCCUACUACAGAUUCCUCCAUUUCAGCUUCCUUGGAUCAGAAACCGUUUUUCUCAUCGAUGAAUCAAAUUCCAUCGCCGUUUAUUUUAGGGAAACGGUUAAUUCGUUCGGAAGAAGAUGAAUUAGUCAGUCAUCCGCCGCCGUCGUCUCUAUUUGGACAAGUAUCGUCGUCGGCGACGACAGCGACGGCGUCUACGGAGAUGCUAUUGCAUAAUUUACCUUCAAUGUCGAAUCAUCAUCAUCAUCAUCAACAUCCAUCAGCGGGUGGUGGUGGUGGUUGGUUCAUACAGCAACAAGCAAUGGGGGAAAUUCCAGCGGCUAGGGUUUCAGCUAGUUAUCUACCAAUGGCUCAAGGUCAUCUCAACUUGUUCGCUUCUCUUUGCGGCACUCCUGCUCCAUACAGCCGUAGAGACGAUUGAUUGAUUGAUCUAUCGAAGUAGACUAUUUGAUUUGAUUUGAUUUGAUUCGAUGAUCAAUGAGCUUUACAAAACCUAAUUCCUGGCGAUUUAGUUAUGUGUUUUUAAGAUUGUUAAUUAUUUUGGCGAUCAUGAUCAUAAGUCGUGUAAGGAAAUCGACUAUGAUUUGAAUCAUUGGCCUUCAUCCGCCAUGAAAGCUAGCUAGCUCUCGAUACAAGAGAUCGAGCUGAAGAACGAAGAACAGAGACAAACCAGAAUGCAAAAGGGUGUAAUCUGGUUUUGAUUAUUAGUAAUUUUUCAAUCAUAUGAUUAUUUAUAUAUAUAUUGUGUGUGUUAAUGUGUAUCAAAUGUUGUGUGAAAUAAAGUGAACUGUUAUGAUA